UCUGUCCAAAAAUGGCACAGAAACAGCAUCAAGAAACCCUGGUCACAAAGAUCCAAAUCUCUUAAGGGGGUAGACCCCAAGUUCCUAAGGAACAUGCGCUUUGCCAAGAAGCACAACAAGAAGGGCCUGAAGAAGAUGCAGGCGAACAAUGCCAAGGCCAUGGGCGCCUGCACUGAGGCCAUCAAGGCCCUGGUCAAGCCCAAGGAGCCCAGGCCCAGCAUCCCAAAGAGCUGCAGCCGCAAACUCAGUCGACUUGCCUACAUCACUCACCCCAGGCUUGGGAAACUAGCUCGUGCCUGCAUUGCCAAGGGGCUGACUGUUGGCCAAAGGCCAAGGCCAAGGCGGAAACCAAGCCCCAGGCUGCAGGUGCAGCUGGAGCUCGGGCUCCCAAAGCGGCUCAGGCCCCCACGGAGGCUCCUCUCCAUGGAGGCUCCACAGUAGAGGCCUCUGUCUGCCCACGUGAGGAUGGAAGGACCGGUGGGGCCCCCGGGCUGCUGUCUGUGGCGCUGGUGCCGUCCUGUGCUGUUUGUACAAAUAAACCUGCGGCAGGA